AGUAAUAUUGAAAUUGAGAUUGCAAUUACAAGUGAUCCAAGUGAUGAAAAUAAAUAAUAAAAAAAAUUGAAAAAAUUAUAUAAAGUUAUUUAUAAAGUGAUAUAUCGUUCUUUUUUUUAAUCUCACAGAAUGCUUUUAUGCACUUUUGUGAAUCAAUUUAUCACAUUUGAUUUUAGAACAAGAACAAUUUAAAAAGAUUUGUAUAUAGUGUUUUCUAACCUUAAAAGAAACGUCAUUAUUACUGCGUAAAUAUUUUCAAAAUAGAAAAAAAUGGCGUCAAAGGACAAUUCUUCUAACAAUAUUUCACCUUUACCUGAAAAUAAAUUACCAGAAUGUUGGAAACAAGACGAUAGAAUGAAUUCAUUGUUUGCUGACUUUAGAAAUCGAUCUGUCAAUCCACAAGAUUGGAGUUCAAAAUACAAAUUUUGGCAUGAAAUUAUUUUAGAACUAUUGGACUAUUCAAAAAGUUGUUGUUUUAGUAUAUCUGACUUAAAUAUUGCUUUCAAAAGAAAUGGUCGUGUUCCAGUUUGUUUAUCUACUGUCAUUCAGGAAAUGCACAGAAAUGGAGAAAUUAUUUUGGAACAAGAUUUCAUAAAAGAACCUUCGAGUACAUGGACAGGUUGGGCAGUUGAUGUAUUAGUGAAAAAACCACUCAUUUGGUCUUUUUCAAAAGCAAAAACCUAUGUUUCCGAAGAUGUUAUAAGCAUUCAUGCAAAAUACAUUCAUUUACCAACGAUCAAAGAUUUGGGAGAAAUAAUUCUCUCAACAAUUGACAAUGCUGACAAUAAUCAAGAAAAUAAUUUAUAUCCAAUUUCAGAAAUUGUUGAACGUUGCAUUCAACAAACAAAUAAUAAACUUAUAAGCGAGAAAAAUAUUCGAUUAGCAUUAAUAUGGUUAAAAAAUACAAGAAAAGCAGCACUCAAAGGUAAUUGUUUAGAUUUAAAAGGUGAAUUAUUAGUAAAAAUAUCAACGCAAGGUGUAAAAAAUAUAUCUGAAGUUGAAGAAGGUGUUUUUAAAUUAAAAAAACAAGAGAGUUUACUUAUCAAAAAUAUUGAACUAUUGGAAUUGGAAAAACGUGCAUGCGUGGAAAAAGCAAAAUCCUAUGUUUCCACGGAAUUUAGACAUGCGGCAAAAAAUUGUUUGCGAAAAAAACAUGAACUUGAAAAAUGUAUUGAAAAACGUGGCGCAUCAUUGAGAAAUGUACAAACAUUAUUGUCAAGAAUUCACGAUGCACAUUCCGAUGCAGAGGUAUUGGAUGUUUAUAAAGUUGGUUGUAAUAUUCUCAAGAAAUUCGAAGAAACUGGCUUAACUGAGGAUAAUGUUCGUGAUACAAUGGAUAAUCUUUCCGAUGCAUUGGAAGAUAUGAAAGAAGUUCAGUCAGUUAUGGCAGAACCUUCUAUGCGCGAUAAUGAAUCUGAUACAGAUCUUGAAAAAGAAUUACAAGAUUUACUGGAUUCCUCGUUUGGAGAUUCAGAAAAGGAAAAGAAUUUAGAAACAAAAGAUACGAGUUUAAAUAUUCCGGAUUUAAAAGAUUUGCCUGAUUUAUCAAGUUUGAAUCUACUAGAUUUGCCUGCCGCAAAAAAGCCAACACAAAUAUUGCCAACGAUGUAGAAAAUAAAAUAGAAUUACACGAAAAAAUAUAAUAUACUGUAAGUAAAUUAAAUUAUUAUUUUCCUAAAUUUAUUCAAUUUUAUAAAAAUGGGACUGUAUUAUACUUAAUAUACGAUAGAACAAAUUA